GCCGCCGCCCGCACAGGUCGGGCUGGAUCGCGCCUGCCCGGCGAGCAGCGCCCGGAAAUGCUUGCCUGGGAAAAAGGAACUGCCUAAUGGAUCAUGGCUCUGGUGUUUACAGGACAUACCUUACUCCUAGCAUUGAUGACCUUUGCUGUCUUCACUCUUGAAGAAUCRGUAAACAAUUACUCUGACUGGGUGACUUUCAUAGAAAAUGUAGAUCAGUUUGAGAAAGAGAAACUGCAAGAUCUUAGUGCUGAGCAGAAGCUGAAAAAAACUGUUCAUCAUCCAAACUUGUAUUUCGAUGCUGAGGACGUCCAGGAAUUGAGACAGAAGGCUCAUACAAGCCAUUUGCAUCUAUUUAGAGCUAUCAGAAGUGCAGUGAUAGUUAUGCUAUCCAACCCAUUAUACUACCUACCUCCACCCAAGCAUGUUGAUUUUGCUGCAAAGUGGAAUGAGAUUUAUGGUAACAAUCUGCCACCACUAGCAUUUUAUUGUUUGCUGUGCCCUGAAGAUAAAGCUGCACUUGAUUUUGUCCUAGAAUAUAUGGAUAGAAUGGCUGGUUACAAAAACUGGUUGGUUGAGAAUGCACCUGGAGAUGAAGUGCCACUUGGUCACUCCCUAACAGGAUUUGCCACUGCUUUUGACUUCUUGUAUAAUUCAYUGGAAAACGGGAGAAGACAAAAAUACCUGGAGAAGAUACGGUCCGUGAGCGAGGAGAUGUAUGAGUACUCAAAGGUUCGUGCGUGGGGAAAGCAACUUCUUCAUAAUCACCAAGCAACUAAUAUGCUCGCUCUGCUUACCGGGGCUUUAGUUACAGGUGUGGACAAGGAACCUCAGGCAAAUAUUUGGAAACAUACUGUUGUUGAUGUGAUGGAGAAAACGAUGUUUCUCCUCAAUCAUAUUGUGGAUGGAUCUCUGGAUGAGGGUGUAGCUUAUGGCAGUUACACAGCCAAAUCAGUGACCCAGUAUGUUUUCCUGGCCCAGCGCCACUUUGGUAUUAACAACUUGGAGAAUAAUUGGCUCAAAAUGCACUUUUGGUUUUACUAUGCCACCCUAUUGCCAGGCUUCCAGAGGACUGUGGGCAUAGCGGAUUCUAAUUACAACUGGUUUUACGGUCCCGAGAGCCAGCUGGUUUUCUUGGAUAAGUUUGUCAUGAGGAGUGGAGCCGGCAACUGGCUGGCCCAGCAGAUCAGAAAGCACAGACCCAAGGAYGGGCCCAUGGUGCCGUCCACGGCGCAGCGGUGGAGCACGCUGCAYACAGAGUUCAUAUGGUUUGCUGCGGAGCUGCCUCCCCAGCCGCCCGCUGGCUACGGCACCGCCAAGAUGCAUGUGUUUCCAAACUGGGGAGUCGUUACAUACGGGGCUGGGCUGCCAAGCAGCCAGGCAAACACCUUUGUGUCUUUUAAGUCUGGGAAGCUCGGCGGCCGUGCCGUCUAUGAYAUUGUUCACUUUCAGCCGUAUGCCUGGAUUGAUGGGUGGAGAAGUUUCAAUCCAGGACAUGAGCAUCCGGAUCAGAACUCAUUUACUUUUGCUCCCAAUGGUCAGGUGUUUGUGUCUGAGGCUCUUUAUGGACCUAAGUUCAGCCACUUGAACAAUGUGUUGGUGUUUGCUCCGUCUCCUACAAGCCAGUGCAACCAGCCUUGGGAAGGGCAGCUUGGUGAGUGUGCCCAGUGGCUGAAGUGGAUUGGUGAUGAGGUUGGUGACUCAACGGGAGAAAUUAUAACAGCCUCCCAGGUGGAGGAUAUGAUGUUUGUGAGUGGUGAGGCAGUAUCUGCUUACACAUCAGUAAUGAAACUGAAAAGUGUGUAUCGCACUUUGCUGCUCUUAAAUUCUCAGACGUUGCUAGUUGUGGAUCAUAUCGAGAAGGAGGAAGACUCUUCUGUUAAUGCAGUCAGUGCCUUUUUUCAUAAUCUUGACAUUGACUUUAAAUAUGUACCCUAUAAGUUUAAGAACAAGUACCAUGGGGCUAUGAUGGAUGUGUGGGAUGCCCACUAUAAAAUGUUUUGGUUUGAUCAUCAUGGGAGUAGUCCCGUCGCUAGGAUACAGGAGGCAGAGCAGGCUGCUGAAUUCAAAAAGCGAUGGACUCAGUUUGUAAAUGUUACCUUUCCCAUGAAAACCACACUUACAAGGAUUGUUUACCUUUUCUAUGGCCCAUAUGUCAAUGUUUCUAACUGCAGAUUCACUGACAGUGCAAAAUCUGGAUUUCAGAUUUCACUCAAUGUCAACAACACUGAAAAUACUGUCUCUGUUGUGACUGACUAUCAGGAUUUAAAGACAAGAUUCAAUUACUUGGGAUUUGGUGGUUUUGCCAAAGUAGUUCGUGAAAACAAAGUGACCAAGUUUGGUUUAGGUACUCAAUCUGUGGAAAAACAGAUACAACAUAGUAGGAUGGUUUUCCCAUUUGGAUUCAAAGUGAACAUAAUUGCAGGGGUAAUUUUGGGUGUUAGCUUGGUCAUACUGGCUUUCCAGUGGCGGUUUUACAUCUCCUUCAGUAAAAUGUUACGUUGGAUCUUAAUAUUGGUUAUUGCUCUGUGGCUUAUUGAGCUGAUAGAUGUGUGGAGCACUUGUACGCAGCCCAUCUGUGCAAAGUGGAGCAGUGGUAUGACAAGGCUAGAGCAUGAUAAAGGCAAUAAAGACAAGCAAUUAGAAGGAAAUCCCACUGUUUUGCCAGAUGUUAUCAUUACUUCACUUCCUGGUUCUGGUGCAGAAAUUUUAAAACAGCUGUUUUUCAAUAGCAGUGACUUCUUAUACAUCAGGAUACCUACACCCUAUCUAGAAGUUCCUGAGACUGAAUUUGAAAUUAAUUCCUUUGUAGAUCCAUGUGAAUGGAAGGCUUCUGAUGUCCAGAAUGGUCAUUUUCGACUUCUCCAUGGGUGGUUCCAGUCUCUAACUCGAGACACAAAGUUACAUUUACAAAACAUUAAUUUAUAUGAAUCCAGCAGAAGUAAAAUUCCUCAGCAUUCUGCCAUAAGCAGAGACAAAAAGAAAAGAUCCAAAAGGAGGGAAUCACUGUCAGAACAAAGAAGCAGGGCAAGAACAAGUCAAGAUAAAGAUGCUGAAUAUAUUAGGGAACUGAGGAGGCACCUUGUCUAUUAUCCCAGUGCACGGCCUGUUCUCAGUUUAAGUAGUGGGAGCUGGACAUUAAAGCUUCCCUUCUUUCAGGAAAUCCUAGGACCUUCAAUGAGAGCUUUAUAUGUAGUAAGGGACCCACGGGCAUGGAUUUAUUCAAUGUUGUACAAAAACAAGCCAAGCCUUUACUCCUUGAAAAACGUUCCACAGCGCUUAGCUGCAAUGUUUAAAUGGCAAAACGGUAAAGGAAAAUGUAGUUUAAAUGAGSGCUAUGCCUUUGAAUAUGAGUCACUAAGAGAAGAACUUUCAAAUUCUAACUCAAAUGCUGUUUCUGUGUUGUCCUAUUUAUGGCUUGCAAACACAGCAGCAGCACUGAGAAUAAAUGGGGACCUGCUGCCAACAAACUAUCAGCUGCUCAAGUUUGAAGAUAUUGUGAACUUUCCUCAGAAGACAGCUGAAGCAAUUUUUGCCUUUCUUGGUGUUCCUCUUUCUCCUGCUAGCUUAAACCAAAUAUUAUUUGCCACMUCCACCAGUCUUUUCUAUCUUCCUUAUGAAGGGGAAAUUUCACCAAGGAGCAUUCAUGCCUGGAAGCAAAACAUGCCCAGUAAAGAGAUUAGACUGAUUGAAGAAAUUUGUUGUUCUCUAAUGGACCAUUUAGGAUACCCAAAGUUUAUAGAUUAAAUGCUGCUGGUCAGCCAGAAUUUGCACUAAUGAUCUCUCACUCCCAAUUUGUGGAUAAAUAUUAGAGAAGCUUGUUUAUUCUUGUAAAAUGUGUACAGUCUGCUACUUCCAGAGAGGUUAUUUUAUGAAAAGGUUGGAUGUUCUUGAGUUUUUUUUUUUUUUUAAAGAAAACUGUAUCUACUUUUGCUGCCUUUCAAAUAAAGCUGUGUGAACCUUUACAGAACUACCAGCUGGGGAGUAUAUAGCUCAGGGGAUUAGUAAUAGGAUACAGAGCUUUUCACCUUCAGCUUGCCAGUUAGACUCUAGCCCAGGUGGUUAGUUCCCAAAAGUACUUGUCAACUGAUGAUUGUGUGGUGGCUUAUGUGAAAUGAAACUAGUGCCAUUGGCUGCGUUUCCCAGUGGUGGUAAUUGGACUCUUUGGGCAGAGCUGAUGAUGCAUUCUGUCAGCCUCUCACUACAGCAGUGAAUGAGUCAAUGAAAUGAACCGUAAGCCCAGUUUUAAAGCUGUGCUGUAGCUUCAGUUCUCCUUUCAGCAUGAGAAAGCAGCAGCAUUUGAGUGACUCUAGUUCCUUACUGACAGUCUCAGGAUGACUGGAGUGGACAUGGAUAUCAAGUAGUGUUAUGUGGUACGGUUCCUUCGGUUCAGAUCUGCCACUUCUGUUGGGUUUUGUGCAAUGACUAAAGAGAAGAUUUCAUUCUCCAGGCCUGACAAAGAGGUACCUUUAAUGACUUGAAGUAAGCUGGAGAAAAAUGGAAUGGGACAUAAUCCAGGAAAUCACAACAUCUUCCGAACUAGUAAUUAAAUAUGGAGAGGAUUUUGUGUAAUUUUGACCUGCAUAAUUAUGUCAUCUUAAUUUAAUUUUCAAGGUUGUUUACAUGUCUGCUUCUAGUGCAGCUUUAUUCUGUACAUCCUAAGAGGUUCUGCAAGGAUUUUAUCAUUUUUCCUGUUUUUUCCUGAUGGUUCUUUGCAGAACUUCACCGAGGCCAGUGCUAAUAUUUAAUGUUAUUGUGAGUGGUGUAUUGCUGAUGUGUUCAUAAAAUGACAAUCUACGAUUUAAAACACCUUAAAGAAAUUUCUAGAUCUGUGUUGCUGAAGGAUGUUUUGCUUCUCUGUGCAGUGGAUUUCUUCUGGGCAACCAUUGCUAACCUCAGGUCUUCUCUCAGAGAGAUGGGAAAACUGAAAUUCCUUCUUCACCCCCUGUCUCCUAUCUAAAUGACAUUUCYUUGACAUAAAUUUUUCCAAAGUCUGAUGAUUUUAGUAUGAUUGGUAUUUCUUUAACUUGGUGCUCUAAUAUAAUAUUGGUUUGGAAACAGAAUUGAUGGGAUAGAUAUGUAUGUCAGUCACAGCUCAUUUUCUUUUUGAAUCACACUCGUGUCUGCCCAUUAAGAAAAGUUUCCUACUUCAGCUUGCUCAGCAUUUUUUGAAAAUACAUGCAUACUGUAAAUGUCUGCAGAUGUGUAAAUCAAAAUCACAAAGAAACAUGUUUCCUUUACUAUCUGUUUUUUAUUACAAAUGGAAUUGUACAGAAAUAUGCUUCAGUUGGUUUGUGGGAGCUGGGAUCAGAGUUCUGGUUAUGUUGAAAUGUGYGUGUAGAGUAAUUGUUGUUUAUUUGGAUGAUGGGCAAUGUCAAAAAUGUAGUGAGUUUCUUCCUGCUAAUUGCAGUUAUCCUAGAUGGUUUUUAAUAYAAUGAACUUCUUGACUUUCCUUCCAACUUUUUUAUGUCCCAACCUCACCCCAUUUUCUUSCUCCUCCCAUACAUGCAUUUCACAACCUUUGCAGCAUGUUGUUACCUCUCAUUAUGACCUGGAUGAAAGCAGCUCUUUCUCAGCCAUUCAUUAUUAUGUCAAAAUUGGCCUCUAGCAGGAUAAAACUAUUGAUAUAUUGAAGCCUCACUAGUUAUAACUUGGCUGUCAUUUUACUUUGACUGUAAUAGGGACUGACAGCAUUUUUUCCCCUGUCUUCAUUCCCAGGUCUCACCUUUGGUAGGUGGAAUAUCACAUCAAAGGAAAUAUUAAAGCCUGUUAACAUUUACUGACAUGUUAGUGAAACUUUGGUUUCUUUCAAGUUGGCUUCUCUGAAGCCAUUUUUGGUUGUAUGUAAAAGUUACUGUAUUGAUGCCUGUACGGUUUUAUGUGCUUGUCGGAAUAAGUCUCAUCAUUUGCUGAGAUUCCAGGGUUAAUGCUAUAUAAUUAGAAUAAAUAAAAAGCUUUCCCCCUUCAGAUGUUUUAGGGCAACUUUAGGUAAGAAUAAAAGAUAACUGAAAUUUUACAUGUAGGAGGAGAACUUAAAAUCCCUUCUUGACUGCUAUAUGAAAUGUAAUGGAAGAUAAACCAUGUUGGUUGUUUCUGAGAAGUUAGAGUGGACUUUGCAUGAUCAAAGGAUUCAUAAUCUGUUGUUCUUUGCAUUGUGUGUCCCUUAUACAGAUGGGAUAAGCUAGUAGAGAACUCUGUUCUUUAUAUUUGGAUUGUGUGAGGAAAAGUGACGCUAGGUGUACAUAGAAGGAGAAGUAAUGUCUUUAAAAACAACAGGGCAGAACUACCUAAGGUCUGACAAGUCCCCCAAAAAUUUUUAAUCAAAUAGCUGUUUGCUACAUUUUGGAUGGUAAGAUACAUGACCCCUUGACCAAAGUGAGURCUAGAGAGAAUGCAUCCUGGCUGUGGAGUUGAUGGACUUGGUACUGAAAUUGUGGUCCUGUAACUGAAUGAAAACAGAAAGCUGAAGAAACAUGCAUAGGGUUGAGGAGACUGGGCACUAACAGAUAUAGAUCUCUAGGACUUUGUAGAAUAAUUUUUAGCUGCAAGAUACUUCAUUUGUGAAUAAAAUUGACAGUUGUGAAAUUGAGAAGUAGGAAUGACCUGGCAGUAAGAAUAACAAAAAAAACCUGCCUUUCUCUAUUAAAAGAUAGAUUCCCAUUUUAUCAGAGGAAGAAGAGUCACUAAGCAGGCACAUACAUUAACCUCCCUUUUCCCUGUAAAGAUGCUUCAGACUUUCAGUAGAACUUGAGAAUUAAGCUGGAUGUUUUGAAAAGCAUGUUUGUUUAGAUAUGCCAUAUUGAAGAGUCUUCUAGCGAUUUCAGUAAGUUGAAACRUACUUCCAAUUUCUCCCUGUUUAAAAUGUUCUUUUUUGUGUGUAUGUGCUGUGUUAUAAUCUAAACAGCCACGUUGCAAGACAUAUUUUAAAAAUUAGGGCUCUCCUUAAGUAUUUUUCUCAGUAGCGUAUGUAGAAGCCUAAGAAAAAUUAACACCAGGAAAACAUUUCUAUUGUUUAUUUACUCUGUAACUAAGUGAUACUGGCCUUGAGGAGAGGCACGUGGCUCUUGGCACUCAAAGUUCUGUGUAAUGGCCUGAGUCUGCAUCUCUGAGCAUACCUAACUGCCUCUGUGCUUCCCAGCGUGGAUUUUUCAAGAGUAGAGUCUGGGGAGAUCAGCCUCCGUGUCGGUCCCUUUCUUACAAUUAGCAUGCAGAUGCCUCAGCUUUCUGCUAGGUUAAUACCUGGACAGUUAAUUUGCAGGAUCCAGGGUUGAAUUUAUAGAUAAGAUCUUUAGUUAUAUCUAACUUAUAAAGCAUUUGACACUCUUAAUACUGUUCUCGUACUGUUGGAGUGCAGGGUAAACAAGCCAAAGAAUGAGUAGUAACUGGUUUUCAAAGUUACUGUCUUGGAUCAAAUUCUUUUUCUUAGCUGCAAAAGAGGUUUUACUUGCUAUUGAAGCUUCGAGAUCUACCAAGCCAGGAGAGCCCUGACCAUCAUAGCUGAUCUUCAGCUAUUUCUAUUACUAAUCUUGAGGUUACUGUUUCUUCGCUCAACAUGUUCAUCCUUAAUCUGGGAUAUAAUUGUGUAUUUGCUUAAAAUGUUUGAAGUGUGCAAUUUAAUGGCAAGGAUAAAUGUAGAAUACAUCUGUAUAUCUAAGUUUAACCCCCCCCAAAAAAAAAAGUCAGCCCUCUUGUAAGCAUCCAUUUGAUGGGUUCCAUAUAUUAGAAUAUUUUAUUGUGAUAUUUAUUUGAGAAAACAUAAAAAUAAUUUAUCAAAUUACUUUAAUUACAUGUACAGCUGUUCUGUCUGAACAGAUCAGACCAUCAUAAGCAUUCCAUCCUUUCUCUGAACUUCCUUUUACUUUUGAUGGGGACUAAAAUACGCUUAAGAUUUAUCAUGAAUGAGCUGUUUUUCUGGGUUAGCACUCUGUCUGGAGACUCUCAUAGUGUCAAAUUCCAUUUCAUUAAUUUGUAUGUGGAAUAUCAUGUACUGCAUUCAGAACUGAGCGUAAGUAAAGUGCUGUCAUGCUCACCUUAAUGAAUGUUGUACAACUGACUUCUGCAGGGACAAAAUGCCAUCCCAUAUGUUUCUUUCACAAAGGAACUAUGCAAAAUUUGUGGACUAAAUAAAUGUCUCUAAAACAUUCUUUAUUAAUCAUUCUGAGACAAGGUUAACUGGUUUUAAAAAUGUGUGAUUUAUCUGGGGCUUUUUGUCCCUCUUCUGUAAAUAAAUAUUACCUUCUCCAGAAUUAUCAUCGACCUAUCCUGAAUACUUCUGAAAAGCAGAAAUUACAGGAAGUGAAUGCUUCAAAUGAUCAUUCARGAUUACUGCUCUUGUUAUCUGGUGAAUUAUGAGA